GUUGACGAUUGUGUGCAUCGUACGCGUACCUACUUCAUUAACAAUUUACUCUUUACAGGAAUUAGAUAACUGCGAAAAGCUUACUUCAAAGACUAAGAGGAAUGUCACUUAUUGCGGUUCCACUGUGCUGCGAAUGCAGGAAAAUAGCUAAAACACCGAUUUCCUGCUCAAAUUGCUGCCGAAUUUGCUGUGCAUCUUGCUGCGGCUUGCACGGUGAAAGCAAUAGCACUGAUAUUUCGGUAGCUCUUCACCCAGUUUGUACUACAUGUCGUUCCGAGGAGCCGAACAUAAAACAGGAUUUAUUAUUGACUCGAAUCAAGCAGGAAGUUUGCUGGUUACACGAUAAGGAACAGAAGUUAUUCUGCUUGAGCUGCGAAGAAACAGUCUGUGGUGACUGCUUCCUGGAAGGUGCAGCUCAUAUGCGCCAUCAGAUCGAUCGCGUUUCUACGGUAUACAAAGAAAAACUAGCAGACGUAGAGAACAAAAUAGCUAUACUGGAUGGUAAGGCACAGGAUCUACAAAAGGAUGUUGCUCAGAGUCAGAUGAAUUUGAAAUUGGUUCAGAACGCGGAACAAGCGGUUUUCGAGCAAAUCGACGCACUUUGUUUGGAGGCAAAGCACAGUGUGUCUCAGUUGAUCAACGAGCGCAAGCGAAUGCUGGAAAACUACGACAAAAUACCAGCAAAAAAACGCAAAGUGAAGGAAACACUUCAAAAAAUUGUAAAACGUUUGCCGAUGGAAGAGUUUCUCAAGCAGCAACAGUUAAUUAACCGACAGUGUAAGGAAUUGAUUGAUGACUCCUUAACCCAACGUUUCAAACCAGUCCAGUUUGAGGACAUUGGAUGCGAAUUAGUGCCACCGUACGACAUACAACCAUAUACACUGUUUCAAUUUAACUUUACCACUGGUUGGCCGUUCUACAUGAAAUCAUCAAAUGAUAUCCUUUGGAACAUUAUCUUACGCAAAAAAGAUGAUCUUUUCGUGAAGGUUGUCCCAUGUGACAAUGGCAUGGUCAACUUUCCAUACAAACUUUUGGUGAUGAUCUCGCACAACGAUUUGCGGAAGACAAUCCAAAAAACGUUUCUUUUACAUGGGGAUUCAAGAGAAGAGAAGAUUGCAUCCGUAUUAGUCCUUACGUCAGAAGGAUAUGUGGACGAGUCGGACCAACUUGUGGUAAAGAUUGGUUUAAAACCUAUGAAUGCGUUGGUAGAAAAUUGUUUUUUGAAAAAGCAAAUCCUUCAGAUGAGAAGUAAUAACGAAGCACUGCAGAAGCGUUUGGUCUCGGAUGCAUAUAUCAAUUGCAAGUACUGUGUAUCAUGCUUUAAUGUAAACAUUUCUCAAAAACUCAACUGGAACCGAGGCGGUCAACUUUCGUCAUACCUCGUGGACCGUUCUAAUCGCCACUGGUGCUUGCAGGUUCAUCCCUGCAACUUAUACGUUCCAAACUCAAACCUGGGUGUUUUCAUCGCUUUGUACACCAACAGUUCCACCAAAUGUCGUUACUUUGUCGAAUUGAUACACGACGAUCCCAAAAAAACCGUUCGUAUGUUAGAAGAGAACGAAUUCAAGCAGUUCAGUACGAUCUUCGGAUGGCACAGUUUUGUUGAUCGGAACGUUCUACUCAGCGAUACCGGAUAUUAUCCAAAUAUGAUAUUGAGGUUCCGGUUUGGCGUGCAGCCGUUGGAUUACUGAAGGUAUAGAAUGAAUUCGAAAAUGCGUACUUCUGCCGGUGAAAAGUAGAUAGCUACUUUGAAUUUCAAUAUCUAAAAUUACUUUUGAGUUACAUGACAUUAAAUUUUGAAUUGAAGUUGGUUCUACUACCAACAGCAGCUGUGAAUUGCAUUCGUCAUUGUUUUGAUUUUUCAACAAUAAAAUAAA